AUGGUAUGUCUUUGACCUUAUUCGAGUCUUCCUGCGCCUUUAUUUUUUUUUUUUGAAGGAGGGACUCCCGUUUAAUUGAAGGGGGAAAAUCUGUUGCACGGGCGGAGUUAGGCGAUUGCCAAUUUGCCAGAUGGCCAUUGGCACUUUAGAGAAGUACUAACUCUCAGGCAAGGCUGGUGUAAUGGAAAAUGCUAAAAAGCAAAUGCAGCGUCUUAGCAUUGACGAUGCAAAAGAAGGCCAAUAUGGCUCAAUUUACUCGGUCUCGGGUCCCGUUGUUGUUGCCGAAAACAUGAUUGGAUGUGCCAUGUACGAGUUGGUCAAGGUUGGCCACGACAACUUGGUCGGCGAAGUCAUCAGAAUCAACGGCGACAAAGCCACAAUCCAAGUCUACGAGGAAACCGCCGGGGUCACCGUUGGUGACCCCGUGUUGAGAACUGGAGCCCCCUUGAGUGCCGAGUUGGGCCCAGGCUUGUUAAACACCAUUUACGACGGUAUUCAAAGACCGUUGAAGGAAAUCAAAGACGCGACAAACUCGAUUUACAUCCCUAGAGGUAUCGAUGUCCCCGCGUUGUCCAAGACCGUCCAAUACGACUUUAAACCGGGCCAAUUGAAAGUUGGCGACCACAUCACCGGUGGUGACAUCUUUGGCUCGGUGUUUGAAAACUCGUUGUUGGACGACCACAAGAUCUUGUUGCCUCCUAGAGCUCGAGGUACCAUCACUUCCAUUGCCGAGGCUGGCUCUUAUACUGUUGAAGACACGGUGUUGGAAGUCGAAUUUGAGGGCAAAAAACAUAAAUACUCCAUGAUGCAUACUUGGCCCGUUAGAGUGCCAAGGCCCGUGGCUGAAAAAUUGACGGCCGACUACCCAUUGUUGACGGGCCAGAGAGUCUUGGAUUCCUUGUUUCCCUGUGUUCAAGGUGGUACCACAUGCAUUCCAGGUGCUUUUGGAUGUGGGAAAACGGUUAUCUCACAAUCUUUGUCCAAGUAUUCCAACUCGGAUGUGAUUAUUUACGUUGGCUGUUUUGCUAAAGGCACCCAGGUUAUGAUGGCCGAUGGCCAGGACAAGUCGAUUGAGGAGAUUCAAGUGGGCGAGAAUGUCAUGGGUAAAGAUGGAUUGCCUAGAGCAGUGGUGGGUUUGCCCAGAGGGCAUGACACCAUGUACGAUGUGAAACAGGUUAGUGGAAAGUCUGAAACGCACGGGUUGAUGGAUUUCACCGUGUCUGCUGACCACAAGCUUGUUUUACGCACCAAGCAAAACGUUGACAUGACUACUCGUAAGAAUGGAGGCAACUUGUACGCUGCUGUCACUUACUUUGUAUUGGAAAAAAAAUCAAGUAAGAACCUGGGCAUUGACAUGGUUAGGGUCAAGUCAAAGGUCUUUGGCUACCAUGUCCACGGUGGCAAAGUUGAGGCUGAGGCAAAAGCUGCCCAGUUUGCCGAGCAACUUGACCAUGCCGCUUGGAUUGAUUGGGUCAUAGAGGCAAGAGACUAUGCCAAGGUUGAAGCCAGUGUCAAGUCGCACAGCACCCAGUUGAUUAACCCCGUCUUGUUGGAAUCGGGUGCACUUGCCAAGUGGUUGGAGUCAAAGGGCCACAGCAAGGAAGUUGCCCCAACUGCUGCUUAUUUGAUGGGGUUGUGGGCUGGAAACAGUUCUUCGGAAAGCGCUUUGCUUUUGUUUAAUGCAACCGAGUCUGCUGUGUUGGCUGAAAGGGUCUCUCGCGACGCUGCUUCACUUAGGUUGUCCUCAACUGUUGGAGGAGGAAACCACCAAAAAUACAGUGGAAACAACCACUCAGCAGGCGUUGCCGAUUUCGAGACACACUUUCUCGAGCGCGUUGCAGCUGCCAAAGAGGAAACAGUUGAUGCAGACUUGGAAAGUGAGAGCGAGGGUGACAACGAAAGUGACCGUUGCGAUCUUUUCGACGAUGAGGUGCACUCAAGAGCGUCAGACAUUACUUGCGAACACUGGUCAUCUGCUGGGUCAUGCGACCAACAAGGUGAUUUGACAGUGACAUUUGUUGGCGCCGGCAACAACUCGAGCAAUGUCCUUUGCGAUGCCAUUCAACACUUUGGAAUGCAAAGAGAGACAGAGCACUCAAAUGAAAAAUGCAUUCCUGAGACUUUUUUCGCAGUAGAAGACAUUGCCGUGAGAGAGUCUCUUUUGGCUGGUUUGAUUGACUCACGUGGUCUUGUGGAGAAGAAUCUGGACUUGCCCACAAGUGCUACUAUUGCCACUAUUUAUAAAUCGGUUUGCUACGGUGCCCUUAAAGUAGCCCGUUCUUUGGGUAUCCAAGUGUCCAUCAGCGCUGAAGACGCCAAAGUAGGCGAGGACCAGCACCAACUUGUUUAUCGCUUGUCCUUGAGCGGUGCUGCUCUCGCAGGUGUCCUUCGUAACUGUUCACUUGCAGAAGCAAACGAUUGCUCCUCAGAUGCUGCCUUUGAGAGAAGUCCAGUCCCAUUCCAUUUCGACUUGGUUGAGCGCGAAAUGCAAGACUACUACGGAAUCACCCUUGCUGCCUCUUCCGACCACAUGUUCUUACUUUCCAAUUGCGCCUUGGUGCACAAUUGCGGUGAGCGUGGAAAUGAAAUGGCCGAGGUGUUGAUGGAGUUCCCCGAAUUGUUCACCGAGAUUGACGGAAGAAAAGAGCCAAUUAUGAAGCGUACCACGUUGGUGGCGAACACCUCCAACAUGCCUGUCGCUGCCAGAGAAGCUUCUAUUUAUACUGGUAUUACAUUAGCUGAAUAUUUCAGAGAUCAAGGUAAGAAUGUUUCGAUGAUUGCUGAUUCAUCAUCGCGUUGGGCCGAGGCCUUGAGAGAAAUCUCGGGUCGUUUGGGUGAAAUGCCUGCCGAUCAAGGUUUCCCUGCUUACUUGGGUGCCAAAUUGGCCUCGUUCUACGAGAGAGCUGGUAAAGCCACGGCGUUGGGAUCGCCAGACAGAGUUGGAUCUGUGUCUGUUGUUGCUGCUGUGUCGCCUGCAGGUGGUGAUUUCUCCGACCCUGUCACUACGGCCACGUUGGGUAUCACGCAAGUUUUCUGGGGUUUGGAUAAGAAGUUGGCUCAAAGAAAGCAUUUCCCUUCGAUCAACACUUCCGUUUCAUAUUCCAAAUACACCAACGUGUUGGAUAAGUACUAUGAUGCCAAUUACCCCGAGUUCCCCGCUUUGAGAAACAAGAUUAAGGAGAUCUUGUCGAAUGCCGAGGAGUUGGAGCAAGUUGUGCAGUUGGUUGGUAAGUCGGCCUUGAGUGAUUCCGACAAGAUCACCUUGGACGUUGCCACUUUGAUUAAGGAAGACUUUUUGCAACAGAAUGGGUAUUCCACGUACGAUGCGUUCUGUCCAAUCUGGAAGACGUUUGACAUGAUGAGGGCAUUCAUCUCGUAUUACGACGAAGCGCAAAAGGCCGUUGCCAAUGGCUCGCAAUGGUCGAAAUUGAGCGAAGCUACUAGCGACGUGAAGCAUGCCGUUUCAUCGGCCAAGUUCUUUGAGCCUUCUAGAGGUGAAAAGGAAGGGGAAAAAGAGUUUGGUACUUUACUCAGCGACAUUUCCGAGAAAUUUGCCCAAGCCUCAGAGUAG